AUGUGUAGCAAUGAGAACGCCAAUCACACCUCCUUUAACAUUGAAAACAGAUUCACACUAAAACUCAUGUAUCUCAACAAAUCGCAAAUCGCAGGUAGUCAGUCAUCAAAACCAGCAAUGUACCGAGAUAGUGACUUAAGCUUUAUAUUUGCUUCGGAUUUACCUUUUGAUGUUGAAAGCAACUUCCCAGAAGAGAAAGAAAAACCUGUUUUCAAUGUUAAGGGAGGUGUGGUUAGCGUGCUCAUUGCUACACAUAGUGGUUUCGAAAAUGUGGUUCCAGUAAAACGCGUGAGAAAUUUCCUUGAUGGAGUUUCACGAACUCAAGUGAGAGAAGAAGGAUCAAGUCAGCAACCUGCUCAGUCUAGCAACCAAUUCACUUCUUUUCUUUCAGCUUGUUUAGAGAGGAUGGAUGGUGCUUAUUCACAAGGCUGCCUAAGAUUCACAUUUUGUGAGGUGAACAUUGAGUGUCGACGGCUGCGGCGGAGUAGAACCAAACGACGGAUGAUGAAAAGCAUUUGUCCGUCCGACAAAGGAGAGCUCGAGAGUUCCUGUCAACCCUUGACCAGUCUCCUUCGUCGGACGGACGCCGCUUCUGAUGGACCGUUCGCCACCAUGUUGAAGUCGAAUCCUGGCCUCCUUGUGUCUGGAAACCACCGUUUUUUAGCUGGAUUCCGGCGACCGGACUCAACCGCUACACAUCUCAUCUUUUUCGAUCGACCAGCCGAAGGCUAUGGUCUCCAGUGCAACGGGUUCGGGUUCAGAAAACUCCGGCCAUUUGAAGUGGACGACAAACUUCAGAGGUUGGAUAGUCGGGCCCUAUGGCUGAUGGUGGUCAGUGAAACUGAAAGAGUUGUCCAGGUGUCGAGUCGCUGGUCUCAGCAGUGGAUGGAACAGCCGAGGGUGAUCGGGCUGCCUUCUUUCAGAAGUUCUUUCAGAAGGUUUAGCGAACUUACCAAUGAAUGGUGGUUCCCAAAAAGUUCCGAGACAUGGUUCACCGAGAAAACAGUAUCAGAACAGCAUUCGUGA